AUGGGACGGCGAAACAAAAAAGCGAAGCCAGACAGGCCUCCAUCUACCACGGACAUCGGGGAUCUCCUACGGCGGCCCCAAAACUUCCAGAGGCCUGAAAUGGCGCCACAGCUGGAAGGCCUAUACUACUCGUUCAGCGAGGCCACCGAGUUGGAAGAGGACGACUAUGGUGAUGGAGCGGUAAGCAGACCGACCCACACACACCCUAGCCUCACAGAGGGGAAGCUCAAGGACAUGCUGGGAGAGCUGCACCGUAACAUAGCAGCCGACAUAGGCGUGUUCCGAGACGAAAUUAGUGGAGUGGUGGCCUGCCUGCAAAACGCGGAGCUUACUACUGCCGCACAGGAAUCCAGACUGGUGUCAGUGGAGCAACAAAUCAUCGCCCUACAAAAAAAAAAACCACAAAGGCAACACCAAAACAAUAUGGCAGCGCUCGAGGACAGUAGGCGCUGGAAUAAUGUUAAAAUCCACGGCCUACCAGAAGCGGUCGAGACCGCAGAGCUGCCGCAUUUAGUCCACAGAAUGCUCAACACGCUCUUUACGACCAAACAAGCCAAAGGGAUGGAACUGGAUAGUUGCUUUCGACUCUCCAGACCAUAAACCGGCACACCGGAGAAGGGGAACAAUGUAAUCAUCAGAUUCCAACAAGGCCGGGAUCGCCAGACAUUCAUGGCGGCCUUGCGCGGCAAAACCCCUCUCAACUUUGAAGGCCAUUCCCUAACCUUCUAUCCGGAUCUGUCCAAAGCCACCAUGGCCUGGAGAAGGUCUUUCCGACCCCUGACCACAGAACUCAUGACACAAUAUACCCUAUCACUGGUGCGCACCCAAUACCCUGAUCAUACCCAGAGACACUGGUGA